AUGGCGACGGUACUCCCCCCGCCGUCGAAGCGGCAAAGGCGUGAGGACCUGGAACGGUCUCAAAUUCAGCAGAAUGUCACGGCAGCGGCCGGGCUUGCUGGCUCAUUCAAGGCGCGGUUCCUCGACGCCGACGGCAAGCAAGUCUGCGACGUGAUCGAAGUGCCCCUAGCCGAUGCAUCCGAAAAGAAUCUCUCGCUUCUGCUGAAUACGCUUCUCGCGAGGGAAAAGGACGAAUUUCUGCCCUAUCGCUUUCGAAUCCACAUUCCCGACUCCGACAUCAUCGUGGACCAGUAUCCCACCGAUCUCCUGCAGCUCCUGCGCAGCCAUGGCAUCGACAAUCCGUUUGAGACGACCGUCACCCUCACUGCCGAGCCGCAGGCCGUCUUCAAAGUCCAUGCCGUCACACGCAUGUCGCACAAGAUACCCGGCCAUGGCGAAGCAAUAUUGACUGCCCAGUUCAGCCCUGCAACUAGCGCGCGCUUGGCAACGGGCUCCGGAGACAAGACAGCCCGUAUCUGGGACACGGAAACGGGAACCCCCCAGUACACGCUCUCCGGCCACACACAUUGGGUCCUCUGCGUAGCCUGGUCGCCCGAUGGCAUGCGGCUGGCGACGGGCAGCAUGGACAAGUCAAUUCGACUGUGGGACCCGAACACGGGCAAGGCCUGGGGCUCAGGACCGUUGGUAGGACACGCCAAGUGGAUAACAAAUAUGGUCUGGGAGCCCUAUCACCUAUGGAAAGACGGAACGCCACGCCUGGCGAGCGCCAGCAAAGACGGCACGGUCAGGGUAUGGCUGGUGAAUACGGGACGGAUCGAGCACGUCCUGUCGGGGCAUCGGAGCUCUGUGAGCUGCGUCCGGUGGGGAGGCACCGGGCUGAUUUACACGGGCAGUCACGACAAGACGGUCCGAGUUUGGGACGCCGGCAAGGGAACCCUCGUGCACACACUCUCGGCGCACGCGCACUGGGUCAAUCAUUUAGCCCUGUCAACAGACUUUGCUCUUCGCACGGCCUUCUUUGAUCACCUGCCAACACCGGCGACGGAUGAAGAGAGGCGGGCAAAGGCAAAGGAGCGCUUCGACAAGGCCGCAAGGGUGCAGGGAAGGGUCUCCGAGAGGCUCGUGUCGGCUAGCGACGACUUCACCAUGUACCUGUGGGAUCCAUCGCAGAGCACGAAACCGGUUGCUCGGAUGGUUGGCCACCAGAAACAGAUCAACCACGUCACCUUUUCGCCCGACAACACGCUCAUCGCCAGUGCCGGGUGGGACAAUCACGUCAAGCUCUGGAGUGCGAGAGACGGCAAGUUCAUCAACACGCUUCGGGGUCAUGUGGCAACGGUUUACCAGUGCGCUUUCUCUGCCGACUCACGACUCCUCGUGACUGGCUCCAAGGAUACGACGCUCAAGGUCUGGUCGGUAAGCUCGUGCCAACUGACGGCCGAUCUCCCGGGGCACAACGACGAGGUGUACGCCGUGGACUGGGCACCGGACGGGAAGCGAGUCGCCAGCGGCGGCAAAGACAAGGCGGUACGGCUGUGGCAGAAUUGA